UUGGUGGCUUAACCACCACCUCCUACAUAUACAAUAGUCCCCAUAACCUGCUGAGGAUAUACCAAGAUCACAAAGUCAAGAGAAAUUUGCAUACAGAAUUUCUGAUCAUUAUCAUCUUGAUAGUUUCUCAAGUAUGCUGGAAGGCAAGGCAGUGAUUGGUGAGACAGAUAUGCUGCAAACUAUGCAACAAGAUGCACUUGAUUUGGCAGCUAAGGCACUUGACGACUUUGAUGUCACUGACGCCACUGAAAUAGCCCAGUUCAUCAAGAAGGAAUUUGAUAGGGUCUACGGACCGGGCUGGCAGUGUAUUGUUGGAACGGAUUUUGGAUCGUUUGUGACGCAUUGCUACGGAUGUUUUAUCCAUUUUUGCGUUGGCAGCCUCGCGAUUUUGCUAUUCAGGGGUUCAACAGGACAAGAAGGUGAGGAAGAUGAUGGCCACUUCCCACCUUUGAAGAGCAUAGAUCUCUGAGCCUUUUUCUCUAUUUUCCCUUUAUAAAUUAGUAAAAUUGCUCUAUAUAUAAAAAGUUUAGGUUUUUUGUCGCAAA